AUGGGACCAGGUCGCAAUCCUUGUGUGAUCACUUUCAAGAGCUGGGGCAACAAUGUAUUCGAGCAUAGCCAGUCACAUGGUGGCAACAGGAAUUUGAAGGAUGUCGAUUUCCUCAGAUUCCUCAACUGGUGGGCCAGAACAAUCAGCUGGAAUGUCACCAUCAUUGGUGACAGCUUUGGCUCCAUCAGGAUGGUUGAUGUCUUCCCUCGUCUUUCUGCCUGGUCGGCAAACCAUGUUGUUGAGCAGCUGGUUGUACUUUUUGACAUGCACAUCGAGUUCCUCAUCUUCGUCUUCUUCAUCUUCAGCUGCAGCCGAAUUUUCAGCCUCCUGUUCUCACUGCAGCACAUGGAGGCACCCUUGUUGACCAUGGAGUGGGUUCGGUUCUUUGCAAGAUCCCUCCUCUCUUUUCAUGCCCAAAACUUGCGCAACAUGGCAAUCUCGGUGUACAGCCCUGUCAAUUCAGCCAGCAUGCCUGCGGCCUUUGAUUUUUGGCCUGGCCAAAAGAGGAUUAUGCCUCAAAUGCAAAAGUACUCCCAUAUGGACUCCCACACCACUGCAGUAGGGCACAACACAUAUCAGGCAUAA